CCAUCCCAGACCUCUCACACCGGGACUUCGGAUACUCCCAAAUCCACUGGCAGGCAUUGACUCUGGGACUUAUUCGGGAGGAGCCAGAAUAAGAUGGAAAAGUAAUCGCUUCUGGGGUGGGGCAGGAUUGAGGCUUAGCCAGGCACAGCGAUGCAGCAGAGUGGGCUCAGGAUUGCGGGGAAGAGGGGCCGGGGUCUCGCUGCAACAGCAGGGCUGUGCUGGGUGGGGAGAGUGGAAAAAGUAGGGAGCUGAGACGGAGGUGUCCUGGGGUCUUGGUCAUCAGUGAGAUUCAAGGUAGGGGAACACUUCCCGCCUUUCAUGUCAUAGGGAGAUAAAUGGGCUCCAUGACACAUCUGGCCGCCUCCAGGGGCUCUGCCUACAGCACUGUGGCCCCCUUGUUACAACCGUUUCUUACUUUUUUAAUUGUCCUGUUUCUUAAGGUCUCACGAUGACCACUGCACAGCCCACAGCCCACCGAAUGAAUCGGGUGGUGGGCGGCUCGGCCUGGCUGUCCGUGUCCCUGCCUCCAGAAGUGUUGGUGAGGGCGACAGAAUGGAGCUUCAGCACAGGGGCGGGCAGCGCCAUCAUGGUAGCAGAGUUCAGCACCGGGCGGCUGAAGCAGCUGGAUCCCGGUGACCAAUUUGGGCAGCGCCUAGAGGUGCCCAAUGCCACGACACUGGGCAUCCGGGAGCUGAAGAAGGAGGAUGGUGGCAUGUACAGUGCCCGCGUGAAACUGCACCCAGCGACUGUGAGGGACUAUCACUUCCACCUCGCCAUCUACGAGCUGGUGCCAGCACCCGAGAUCCUGAGCCAGGUGCACCCCAGCACACCAGGCUGGUGCAACCUCACGCUGCACUGCCAGGUGCCCACCACAGCUGCCAUGAACAUCACCUGGGGCACAAGAGACCACCCGCAAGAUCUGGCAUGGCACCACGUCUCGGCUGAUGGCCAGAGCCUGCACCUGGCUCUGCCCCCGGGCACCUGGAAUGACACCUACACCUGCAGCGCUAGCAACCCCGCCAACCGGAAAAGCACCUCUGUGGCCUUGCAGAGCCUCUGCCCAAGCAACACCACACAUGCCACCAUGUGGUGCUUCCUGUCCAUUGGGCUGAUUGUCACCAUGGCCAUGUGCUUCGGGGCCUGGUUCUGGAGGAGGAGAAGGAAGAGGAAGGCAGCUGGGAGAGCCCCCAUGCAAGACUGUCCCAGUGAGCCCCAGUACACGGAGAUCAAGAGGAGGAGACCGCCAGAGGGAGAUAAGCAGAUCCUGAGCUCCCCGCCUGACAGCCCUGCUCAGAGCCUUCUGCUGCCGACGCCGGUCAGCAGCAUCUAUGCCCAGAUCCAGCUGAGCACACCUCAGCUCCUCACCUAGGCCAGGACUUCCUGGCUCCGAGAGAGGCUUUUAUGCGGAAUUCUCUGCUGAAGUGCUUUGAAAUUCCUGAGCCAAAGACGCCGCCCUCCCCCCAUCUCUCGCACGCACGCACACAGGCCUGCACUCGCACGCCUGCCUUUGCAUGUGCGUGCACUCGCACACAUGCACACCCUGCCCAGCGUCCUUGUCACAUUUGACCCUUCCCCUCUGCUUUGCUCCAAACCAGGAACUGGCUCUGCCUGGCCCCGGGGGCUGGAUGUGGGUGGCAGUGGCAGCAGCUGGUCUGUUGGCUCCAGGGCUGUGGCCGCCUGGGCUUGCCAGAGCUGGAUUUCCAGUAGCUCCUUUGAUCCUCUUCCCCAUUCAGCUCUUGACUCUGCUUCUCUCUGGAGACGCCCAUGCCUCCUCCUGGCCCCAGCCUGGGGGCUGCCCCACACCCCCCUGCCAGUAAGGCCAUGUCAGAAUAGGGUCCUUGCCAAGCAGGGUCCCCAAAGGCAUGACCGGAGGGGGCAGGUCUUGGGGUGCAGCUAAUGGAGGAGCAGGGGAUGGAGGUCAGUGUGUGAGCUGGCAAGUCCUGGGCAGGCUGGGCCAGGGGCUCUGUACUCACCCCGAUGGUGCAGGGCUGGCCAGGCUCUUGUGGCUGUGCAUGGAUCUGGCCCUGAUCCCUCUUGGCUCGUCCGCUCAAUGGCUCCUGUCUGCCAGGCAGGACAUGCCAGCCAGGAUGCCCUAGGAAGGACUGCCCCAUGGCUCUGCCCAGGCCUGGGGGCAGGCAAGAGACCCCCCUAAAGUGACCUUUGCCCUUUCUCACUGCU